CACAAGGAUAUCGCAAGCCACCGUCAACACAAGUCUGCCUUUCGCUCCCUCAUAGAAGCAGUAUUUCUCAAGUGGAUACACCCAACGUAUUACUAUCACCAUGCGACUUGACUGUCUACGUCUUGGUCUCAUCGUUGCCCACACCAUCUAUAUAAUAAUCAUCACAGUCAUCUCCUCCGUCGUCGCCGGCUCCCUCACCUUAUUCAUCCCUCACAUCAUCUCCGCCGGGAUCUGGGUCACGUACAUCCCUGCCGCUUUCAUAUCACCCAUUAUCCGCCGAAGGACCAACGUCAGGACAGUGUUUGACAGGGCUUGGGGAGAGAUGUGGUACAUUGGCGCCCAGUUGUUCCUCUGGCUUUUGAGUAUGGGUCUAUCCAUCGCCCAUCGUACUAGCUCCACCUGUGAGCGCCCUUAUCCAACCUACCCCGUUGAGUCAAUCUGGCUACAAUCGGGUGGUAUUAUCUGGGACACGGAUCGCUUCUGCCGGACCAUGAUCGCCAUGGCAGUUGAGAGUGGUAUCCAAUCUCUGCUUUUGGUAGUGUGGAUGGUGUUACUGGUGAAUAUUGUCAGUAAGGCGAAAAGAGAAGGGAGGGGAGGGUGGAAGGUCGGCGUGGCCGAGCUGUUGAGGGAUGACAAAGAGGGCAAGGGGUACAAUCUUGAGAGAGAUAUCAGCCAUGUGUAGAGUGACUGAGCUUCUGUUUGUAUGUUUGUAUAAUUUCAACUUAAUGUGUUUCGCCUAGUAUGAUAUGCCUUCGUAUAAUAUGUACCUGAUUG